CCCCCUUCUCGCUGCUCGCUGCUCUUCACGACAAAGGGACACCGCCACGGCGCCACUCGGCCCACUCCGCCAGACCGCCGUCCGCCUCUGCCCUCUCCACAGGACCACAAUCGACCACAACCGCACGCCGCUGCCGGCCCUGCGCAGUCCGACACGAGGCCAUCUCCUGCUCGGCUGCUCUCCACGACUCGACUUCAACCGACGAGCCUGCGCGCAGUCCGACACGCUGACUUCAGCCGACCGCCUCCGCCGCCCUCCGGCCUCCCUCAGACGCCCUCCUUCCGCUUGGGGUCUGAGUGUAUUUUGUCUAUCAAUAGACAUAUAAUACAAAAGUGGCAGUGGAAUGGGGAGGAGAAUACUUAAUGAUGCAUUGAGGACAAUCGUGAAUGCUGAGAAGAGAGGGUUUGCUUCCGCUCAACUUCAACCUGUAUCUACUGUCAUGGCUAAUUUCCUUCAGAUUAUGAAGUAUCGCGGAUAUAUUAAAGAUUUUGAGGUACAGAACCCCCAUAGAGUUGGUAAGAUAUCUGUCCAGUUAACGGGUAGGGUCACUGAUUGUCGUGCUCUCUCACAUAGACAAGAUAUCAAGGCUCAGAACAUUGAGAGCUACGCAAAACGUACCCUUCCAACUCGUCAGUGGGGCUAUGUUGUGAUAACAACACCAAAUGGAGUUUUGGAUCAUGAGGAAGCAAUUCGACAAAAUGUUGGUGGUCAAGUCCUCGGGUACUUUUACUGAUGAGUUUUUUCCAUUUUCAGUCCCUCGACUAUUGGGUCAGUGACACUUUUGGUAUUCGACUUUCAAUUUUUCCAUUUUCAGUCCUCAACUAUUGUGCGAGAGAGACUUUUAGUCCUUGACUUCAAUAUUUUCCACAUUUAGCCCCCUGAGUAUUAUAAAAUUGACACUCUUAGUCCUUCGAUUAUAAAUUUCAUACAAUAUGUGGAGUACUAAAAAUGUCACUAUUAUAAUAGUUGAAGGACCAAAAGUGUCACUUUUAUGAAAGUCAAAGGACUAAAUGUGGAAAUUUUCAAAGACGGGUACAAAAAGUGUCUGUCGCACAAUAGUCGAAGGACUAAAAGUGGAAAAACUCAAAAUCGAGUACUAAAAGCGUCGGUGACAUAAUAGUCAGAGGACUAAAAGUGACAAAAACUGGAGUUGGAGGAUAAUUACGUCUUCCUGUUCUUUUCUGUUGCGGAAGAGAAGAAAUUGAAGUCAAUGCAAAAAUUUAUGUUGCGGAAGAGAAUCACUCUUGACCUCUUGUUAUUGUACAUUUAUGGAAUUGAUUGAUUGCAAAUCACCCUUUUUGGUGAGUAUGGAAUGACAAUGCAAAAACUGGAGUUGGAGGAUAAUUACGUCUUAUUUUUUGGGACUAAGGCUUGGAUGUUGUUGUUGUUUGUUUGUUGUGGAGGAUAAUUACGUCUUCCUGUUCUUUUCUGUUGCGGAAGAGAAGAAAUAAAUUGCUGGUUUCGUGGUUAAUGG